AUGUCUCCUGAGUGGACGAACGCGCAGAACAUGGAGUUGAUAAGGAGGUCUGGUACCGAGGACUCUUUGGUCGUGAACGGUAUAUUGCGAAAGAAGGUUGCCAAGGAUGAAGGAGAUUUGCCCGAGUAUGAGCUUUCAGUUUCUGAACUACAAAUCCUCAAUGAGGGCGGCGUUGACGCGGCGCAACUCGACUCCUUGAAGCACACCAAUCCAUCUUCGAUACCGCCUAAAUUCAGAUACUUGCAAUUGAGAACUCCAUUUUAUCAACGAGCUUUGCGUGCUAGGUCUUUGGCAGCUCACUUGACUAGAAAGGUCUUGGUCGAGAGACAUGGUUUCACAGAGAUCGAGACACCAGCUUUGUUCAAGUCCACGCCAGAGGGUGCUAGAGAGUUUUUGGUUCCUACAAGAACCCCAGAUCGCUUUUACGCCUUGCCCCAGUCUCCUCAGCAGUAUAAACAGAUGCUUAUGAGUUCUGGAAUUUCGAAAUAUUUUCAGAUUGCCCGUUGCUUCAGAGACGAGGACCUUAGAGCCGACAGACAGCCUGAAUUCACACAAGUUGAUUUGGAGAUGAGUUUUGUCAACAACAGCAAGAAAGUUCAUGCUGUCAUCGAUGACAUAAUUGAAACUGUGUGGAAAGAGGUUGCUGGUAAACCCAUCUACAAGCUUGAUAGCGACGGCAACAUGGUUCCUGUUAAGGCUAACCGCCACAGAGAGACGGCUCCUGCCUUCACAAAAUUGACCUAUCACGAAGCAUUGUCAAAGUACGGCAUUGAUAAGCCCGACCUUCGCUCUGCACUCACCAUAGUGAAUCUCUCGGAAUUUCUUCGACCAGUACACAAUGCCGAAGAUUUUGGUGUUGUAGAGGCUUGUGUGUUGAAGGGUGUUUUUGAUCCAGCAACAAAAUACAAAGUCAGCAAAACACUCAACGAUUCGGAAUCUUAUCCACGCCGGAAGCCUAUCAUCUUGCCAAUUCAAUCCGAGGAAGAUGCGCUCAACUGGUGGAAGAAGUUUGUCGAAAAGGAUGUUUUGUCCCCCACUGAUGAGUGCUCACAACUCAAGAUACUCAAGACACUCAACUUGGAACCAGGUGAUGUUCUUGCGUUUUCGACAAGAGCCGAACUUUCUUACGAGAAUCCUACUCCACUUGGAAAGUUCCGUCAACUCGCCAUAGAGGAGUUCCCUGGUAAGUGGAACAGACCACUCAAGCCAAGUCAAGGAGAGAACUUUACCCUUGACUACGACCCCAAGGACGUUUUUGUGGGUGCAUGGGUUGUUGACUUCCCCCUUUUCAGUCCUGUUGAGGUUACCGAGAACACUACAGAUCCAUUCCCUCAGUAUGACCCCAAGAGAUGGGAGUCAACACACCACCCCUUCACGAUGGCCAAGAUUGAAGAUUACGACCUCUUGGAAUCCGAUAUUGCUAAGGUGAGAGGUGAACACUACGACCUCGUCAUCAAUGGUGUCGAGGUUGGUGGUGGUCUGAGAAGAAUCCACGACCCAGAACUUCAAAAAUUUGUCUUCGAAUCCAUCCUUCAAAUUGACAACUACGAUCAGCUUUUCGGUCAUUUGCUCAAAGCCCUUAGUAUGGGCUGCCCUCCUCACGCAGGCAUUGCAUUGGGAUUCGACAGACUUUGUGCCAUGUUGGUUGGCAGCAGCAGCAUUAGAGAUGUAAUUGCAUUCCCCAAGAACCAAUCGGGAACUGACCCAGUCGUGGAAAGUCCCACAAGCGUUGACAGUUCUACUCUCAAUGAGUACUACAUCGACAAACUACUCCUGUAA